AUAACAGAAUCUAGGUGGGGCCAGAUGCUGAUACUUUCCGCCCUCAUUGGUGGUUCUCUUGCUCUGACUUUGCAAGCCUGUUCAUAAUUCCACUAUGUAUGAGAGAAUAACAGUUGGAUUACUAUUGUCAGGUUACUUUUUAACAACAAGUGCCAAUGAUGUACUUACAACCGGAGUUUCUCCAGCUCAUUCUCCACAAGCAAGAACAGGUUAUUCUUUAAAAAGUACCAGUGUUAUACAUGCAACCGAAGUUUCUCCAGCUCAUUCCCUACAAACAAGCACAGUAAAUACUUCCCCAAAGGUCCCUCCUACAAUGAGAGAUGAAGAGGCUGCUGUCACCACCAGAGACCCCUCCGACCCAGGAGCAAAACUAGGAAGAAAUCAAAUUAUACACCCUUUCUCUGAACCAGUGAUAAUAUUAAUUAUUUUUGCGGUAAUGUUUGGCAUCAUUGGAACAAUCCUUUUAAUUUCUUUCUGUAUCAGGCGACUGGUCAAGAAAAGUCCACCAGUCAUAAAACCUGUCUCCUUGGAAGACACAGACUUGCCUUUAAGUUCUGCUGAAAUGGGACAGACAGCUCCUGCCUCUAAUCCUUCUACAGAAUAACCAAAGAGAAUGUGCUCACCAAGCCAGAUUUUGGAAGAAUUCAAAGACAUUAGUCAAGUGAAAAAUUGGAACCAUCAGUAGAUUAUGUAGCUACCUACGUUGUACCAUUUCAGGAAGCAAAUUUCAUCAUAAUGUGUUUCAGAGAUUUAACCAUGAGGAAAAAAAUCUUUGCUCAUUAAUUCUUCAAGAUAAAGAGUGUACAUUUCCUUCCUUGCAUGCUUGCUUUUGUGUUAGCAUAAUCUUUAUAAUUAAUUGCUUUAGGAUAUCUGACCUAAAAUUUCUGCUGAAUUCAUCUGCUAUUUUUUAAGACUGACUUAUUCUAUCCUAUUAUAAUCUUAAUGAUGGCACUGUCAAAUGAAGGUCUUAUAACAUCUCCUUUAUGUAUAAGUUCUUCUCUUUCUAAACUCUUAGGUUCACUUUCAUUAUUUUAAAUAAACUACAGGGUCAAUGAAGUCCUCAUUGUUUUCCUUCAUUGCUGAACAGACAAGAUACAGUAUUGCAUUAAUGAUGAUAAUAGUUUACUCACAUGAAUAAAGCUUGCACUGGAAAAAUGCCAUUAAUUAUGUAAUAACACUCACAUUUAUACACUUAUCGUUUGAUGAAUAAAUCAACUAAAAAGACUUUCCCCAUUAAAAACACAAAUGGCCCAUGUAAAAUAACUUGUCUGACAGCAGAGCCCAACAGAAGCUCUGGCUCUUGUGUUGUUCUCCACUGGAGGUGAUUUGUGUGAGUGAUCAGGGUGUCCUGGGAAAGCGAAGAAUGAAUAGAAUUUUCUCAUGAAUGAAAUUUAAUAACUCUUAAGGGCAGCAAGAUGUACAAACUUGACAUGCUGUUUUAAUAGCUGUCUCCAUGUUUCCUCAAUUAAAUUCUUUAAUCCAUCCCA